AUGCCCGAGACUGCCAUCCCGAGCCGGGCCUGGCAACGCCGCUUUGACGGGAAGCCAAUCUCGCCGAUCCCCGCCAUCGCCGAACUCGAUAUCGAACGGAAUGAGUUAGCCCACACUUGGAAACGGUUUACCAGCCUUCUCCUACCCCAGGAUCAGAUCCAAUGGGAGGAGCGACCACAGACGGUACUCGACGUGCAGACCUUGCUCGGCAAUAUCAAGACAUUCUGGAUGUCCCGUCCCCGACCACGGGUCUUUACCGACUCCAUGGACUUGUGCGAUCGACUCCUUCCGACUGUCGACGCACACUCGAUCCUCCUUUCUGCUCUUCCGGACCAUAUGGCCUAUAGCCCCUUAUUCUACGGGGUCGUCCAAUCAGUGAUCAAGGCAUCGUCACAUUAUCCUCGGGUAAUGGAGGGCUUAGCUACCGCCCUGCUAAAAAUUUAUGAUGCUCUAGGUCUUCCUAGUAAUCUAAGCCUACUUUCAAACGCCGUCCAACACAUUGCGAAAACCUACACUCUAAUCUUCUUCUUUUUGACUGAAUUCAUGGACUGCCAGGAUGUCUACUCGGAAUUUCAUCAUCUGGUCAUCUAUAUACAACUGCAAGCACUGAAUUUUCCAUGGCAACAUGCGGUCAUGGACGUUGACGACGAGGAGGAGGAGGACCCGUAUAGCCCUCGGGCACUUUGGGAGGAGUCCCGACUCAGCCAAGUAGGAUGUCAGGGGAAAGACCGUCGGAUAGCGGCACAAAAUACCAUCACCCGCCGGCUCAUUUGGGAGGUUCAACAAGACGCAGAGGAACGUACUCGGUAUAGGGAGGGCCGGGAUAGGUUGUUGGCCGAGACAUUGAGCUCUGUGUACAUAUCCUCUUUUGAAUGGUCAAGGGGAUCCAAGCGCCGCCUCGCACGACUCGAGAUCCAAAGUUCAUCCAAGCACCUCCAAGAUUUCUUCGAUAGUGAUGAUCAGAUUUGUGACUACGAACCUGGUGUCAAGGUCGUCGCCGAAGCUAGCAUCGUUGCAUCUCUACAGCAGUGGGCCACCAGUUCGCGAUCUCAGGCCCUAGCCGUGGGUGGAACGCAACCUACCGCUUCCCUUGACCCGGUGGCUCUAAUUUCAGCCUGUUAUGCCUCCUUCGCACGUCAAGCUCGACUGCCCGUCGUCUCUCAUUUCUGUGUCCUUUCUAGCAAGGAGGCCAGAGGGCUGAAUCUACACGAGCAAGGCUUAAUUGCCCUCACCUACAGUAUUAUUCGCCAAUUAAUCAACUGGCUUCCUCCUCUAGUUGAUAGCGACGCCGUACUGGAUCUCAGCGCAGAGCGGUUUCGCCAACUAGACGGAACGCUCACCAGUUGGAAAGCCGCUCUAUCGCUAGUCGAUACGCUCUUACAAUCCGCUCCACCACUGUUGGUCUUUAUAAUCGACGGUCUAGACGCCAUCCACAAUCCGUCUACUGAUGGAGCCAUCCGCGAACUGGUCCGUGUGCUGCUAACCCACACUCGGCGCCAACCACAAGGCGGUCUCAACGGGCAAGGCCCUACCCUCCUCAUGAAGGUCCUCUUCACCGUUACCGGAAGGCCAAGUGCGCUGGUCGAGACGUUGUCUGAACACAUGCUUAUUCUCAGUGAAUCCAACAAAACCAACCAACCCACGCCGUCCGGAUCGGUCCUCACAUCGGAUCUCGGAGCGGUCAUGAUGAAUGCAUGA